AAACCCCUUUACUAAAACGUAUUUUGACAAUUGACAUGACGUGUUCCGGCCGGCCAACCACCCUUCUGUCCGGAAAAAUAUCUCCACCGGUGGGUCUAAUCCACUAAUCAACCACUUAUCUUCUUCAUUCUUCAUACAAACACUCACUUCUACAACCCUAAUUCACCCUCACACACACACACACACAACCACCAAAUUCCUCCAUAAACUCACCACCAAUGGCGGCAACCGUUGAAGGUCAAGACAGAGUGUUAGCAACCGCUCAACAGAUCGUCAAAAGCCUCAACAUCAACAACCAAGCAACGGAAGACAUGCUCCUCAUUCUCUCCAGUUUCGAUAACCGCUUGUCUAACAUCUCCGAUCUAACCGAUCACCGUUUCGAAACGGCCGAACAGGUAAUCCUCCGGCAUGAUUCUGUAGGUCUAGGUGAAACUUCGUCUGAGUAUUUAGAAGCUGUUGAUACAAUUAUCAAAUUGACUGAAAACCUAAAUAUUCAAUCUGAUUGUAACGGUGAGGUGAUAGAUCGAGCUGAAAACGCACUUCAGUUGGCUAUGCUGAAGCUAGAAGAUGAGUUUUAUCAUGUUUUGAUUCGUAAUACUGUUCCGUUAGAUGUAGAUCGGCUGUACGGAUCGAUCCGUAAGGGUUCGGUUUCAUUUGCGGCUAAUGAGAUUGAAAUUGAGGAUGAUUUUGAGAGUAGUUAUCGAGAAGAUGAUUGUGGAGGUAGUAGUUAUUGUUAUGAUAGAGGUUUAAGCUUUGGAGGUGAUGUUUGUGUUGAUUUGGUUUAUGCGGAUGCGAUUAAGGAGCUGAAAGCGAUUGCGGAUCGGAUGAUUAGGUCUGGUUAUGAGAAAGAGUGUUGUCAGGUGUAUUGUAAUGUUCGGCGAGAUGUGUUGGACGAGUGUUUGUUGAUUCUCGGUGUUGAAAAGGUUAGUAUUGAGGAAGUACAGAGGAUUGAGUGGAAGGUUUUGGAUGAGAAGAUGAAGAAAUGGAUUCAAGCGGUUAAAGUUGUGGUUAAAGCUCUUCUGUUUGGGGAAAAACAGUUAUGUGAGCAAGUAUUCAGUGAAUCGGAAUUGAUAAAAGAAGUCAGUUUUGUGGAGACUACAAAAGGGUGUGUGAUGCAGGUUUUGAAUUUCGGUGAAGCGGUCGCCAUUGGGCAAAGAUCUUCGGAGAAACUGUUUCGAAUUCUGGACAUGUAUGAUGUUGUUGCAGAUGUUUUACCUGAUUUUGAAACGCUUUUCGUUGAUGAAUCUGGUGAGUUAGUUUGCAAUGAAGUGAAAGCGGUUUUAAGUGGAUUAGGUGAGGCAGCUAUUGGGACGUUUGUGGAGUUUGAGAAUGCUGUGAAGGGUGAGAAUUCAAGAAGAGCUUUACAGGGUGGUGAGAUUCAUCCGGUAACUCGUUAUGUCAUGAAUUAUCUCAAGUUAUUGGUUGAUUAUAGUGAAAUUUUAAACAUUCUGUUGCCCAACAGUCAAGAUUAUGAUUUGAAUUCUAAAGAAGUUGACGAUAUUGACACUGGUGAUACUUUAUCUCCUGUUUCAUGUCGAUUAUUGUCGCUAAUCACUUCUUUAGAAGCAAAUAUUGAAGAGAAAUCAAGAUUGUAUGAUGAUAACGCCCUGAAAUACAUAUUCUUGAUGAACAACAUACUUUACAUUGUUCAAAAGGUAAAAGACUCUGAUCUUAGAAACCUUUUGGGUGAUCGAUGGAUCCGCAAACAUAGCGGUCAGAUUCGUCAAUGGCACACGAGUUAUCUCAGAUCAGCAUGGGGGAAAGCCUUGUUGUGUCUGAAGGAUGAUGGGAUUGGCGGGGGGUCGAGCAGUGCAUCUAAAUUACUUCUUAAAGAAAGAUUUAAAAACUUCAAUGCAUGUUUUGAAGAAAUUUAUAGGAUACAGUCGCUUUGGAGAGUCCCGGAUGAUCAACUUCGAGAAGAACUUCGAAUAUCAAUAUCCGAAAAAGUACUCCCCGCUUACCGUGCUUUUGUAGGGAGGUUUGGAAGUCAACUCGAUGGUGGAAGACAUUCCGGGAAAUACGUCAAAUAUACCAUUGAUGAUUUAGAAAAUUAUUUGUCGGAUUUAUUCGAAGGAAAGCCUGCAGUUUUAAACAACAUAAAGAGAAAAGGUACAUAGGAUGCAAUCAUGCAACACCCUUAGCAGCAGUUAGCAGGUAUGUUACUUGCCUUCAUCUAUUUAAUCCGGCAUGAUGAAAUGGCCUUUAUUAUUGUUGUUUGUGUCAUUAGGGGUUGGGUUGAAGGUUUUAAAUUGCCCAACUCGGUAUACCGUAAUAAUUUUUUGUACAUGUAACAUGUAACUUGUGUCAUUGUGUAAUGAUAUACUUGAUGGUCUUCUUGUUGUA